AUGCAUCCCAUUAUUAGCCUUCUGUACUUGGUUCUUUUCUUAGCAUUUGUGUCUGCAGUACCUAUUGAGGAGCAAGCCAAACGACAAAACGCCGAAUUCGACUAUGUGAUCAUCGGUGGUGGAACCGCAGGCCUAGCGCUCGCCAAUCGCCUUUCUGAAAAUGCAAGUGUACAAGUCGCAGUCAUUGAAGCGGGUAGCUUCUACCAAAUCACUGAUCCGCUGCUGUCUUCGACACCUGCUGGGGAUGUUAUCUGGGCUGGAGCUAGCCCUCUUGACUCAAAUCCGCUUGUGGAUUGGAAUUUCAUCACUGAACCUCAAGCCGGCGUGAACAAUAGACAGCUGCACUAUGCGCGGGGGAAGUGCUUGGGUGGAAGCUCCGCUCGCAAUUUCAUGAUCUACCAACGCGGCGACAGGGGAUCAUACCAACGCUGGGCAGACGAGGUCGAUGAUCAGUCCUAUACUUUCGACAACCUCCUCCCGUACUUUAAGAAGUCGAUCCAAUUUACUCCGCCGAAGUCUCCCCCCCGCGCAGCGAAUGCCUCGACCGAGUACAACGCGGCGGCAUUCGACCCCGCGGGUGGACCCCUUCAGGUCUCGUAUGCCAACUAUGCGGGACCGUUCUCCAGCUACAUGGAGGGGGCUCUGAAUGGAAUCGGCAUUCAGUCAGUCCAGGAUUUCAACUCUGGAGAACUCCUGGGCGCCCAAUACUGCUCCUCGACGAUCGACCCGUCAGGCCAGGCCCGCGACUCUUCGCAAACAUCGUUCCUGGAUGCUGCGAAGGAUCGAGCGAAUCUCAAGGUCUACCAAGCCACUCUUGCGAAAAAGAUCGUUUUCAAUGAGGACAAACGGGCAACUGGCGUCGUCAUCUCCACCGGUGCUACGAUCUCCGCCCGAAGUGAAGUCAUUCUAUCUGCUGGUGCCUUCCAGUCUCCCCAGCUCCUCAUGGUCUCUGGGAUAGGCCCUGAAGCAAUUCUGGACGGCUUGAACAUCCCCAUCAUCGCCAACCGGCCUGGUGUCGGCGUCGGCAUGCAAGACCACAUCUUCUUCGGGCCAAGCUACCGCGUCAAAGUCGACACUUUUACCCACCUGGCCAACGACCCUGUGUACCUUGCCGCGCAAUUUGCAGUUGACUACUCCAUUCUUAAAGAAGGCCCGCUCACAAACCCCGUUUGUGACUUCCUCGGCUGGGAGAAAGCGCCCAGAGACCUCAUCACUCCGGAGGCCGCCGCAGUGCUAGACCAAUACCCAGCCUCGUGGCCCGAGAUAGAGUACCUCUCUGCGCCUGGCUACGUGGGAGACUUCCAGGAUCUUCUCUUGCAGCAGCCUAAAGAUGGGUAUCAAUACGCAACAAUCCUCGGCGCCAUCGUCGCACCCCAAUCCAGAGGAAACGUUACCAUCACGUCGGCGGAUACUUCUGAUCUCCCCCUCAUAAAUCCAAACUGGCUCACCGACCCUACAGACCAAUCCGUCGCGCUAGCACUCUACAAGCGCAUCCGCGAGGCCUUCAACACAACCGCUAUGCGUGCCGGACUCGCCGACCCCGUGGAAUAUUUCCCUAGCCCCGACGUGGAGACGGAUGAGCAGAUCUUGAAUACGAUAAGGGAUACGCUGCAGACUGUUUGGCAUGCGAGUUGCACUUGUAAGAUGGGUCGGGCGGAUGAUGAGAUGGCGGUUGUGGACAGCAAGGCGAGAGUUAUUGGCGUGGAGGGUUUGAGGGUCGUGGAUGCGAGUUCUUUUGCGCUGCUGCCGCCGGGCCAUCCGCAGAGUACGGUUUAUGUGCUCGCGGAGAAGAUUGCGGAGGAGAUUAAGACGGGGGUUUGACGAAGCGGGAGAGCCGUGGAAAUAAUGAGUUGUGAUCGACAGGCCAAAUUGGGCUAGAGGAACCACUUCCGAUGUCAAUGUUCCUCUAUCC